CAGCUAGGUAAACAAACAGGAGAGGAGAGGAAACGAGCAGUAUAGCAGCAGAGGCUUGCAGGGUUCUGGCUGCCUUGGAGAUAUUUUUUUUUAAUUGUUUGUAUCUCUUUUUGUAAAGAAAAAAAAAAAAAAAACAAUGAUACCCUGUCUCUUUUUUAUACACGGGCACUGACGUUUUCUAAAGAAGAAGAAGAAGACUUAAAAACUACUAGCUUUUAAUAGUAGCUUGCUAGCUCGGGAAGAUUGGACUGUUUGUUCUAUCAGUUAUUUUGGAGUUAGUAAAAAGGCUCCAUGUACGAUAAUAGGACGUCGUCUUCACCCAGGUCACGCGGAUGUGGUAGUCUUCCUUAAAUAAAAAAAAAAGCGACCCGGGCGUGAAUCCCUGCCGUCGUUCGCGAAGCUAGCAUCUACCGCUGAGCAGGACAACGUUAACCCGGCACACCGCCUCAAGGGAAGAAUGACUGCUGUCCAGCUUAUAAACAUCCAGCGGUUAUUGGAGGCGGCUGAGUAUAUAGAGAGAAGAGAAAGAGAGUGCGAACAUGGAUACGCUUCGACCUUCCCUUCAAGCCAGAGCACAAACCACCAGAGACAGAGGAAAUUCCGAAAUAAAAAGUUCAGCAGUAACCACAACAGGUCAACACAUAAUGAACUUGAAAAAAACAGACGAGCUCACCUGCGGCUGUGUUUGGAGAGGUUGAAGGCCCUCAUACCUCUGGGACCCGACUGCAGCCGCCACACCACCCUGGGCCUACUCAAUAAAGCCAAAGCACACAUAAAGAAACUUGAAGAAGCGGACAGGAAGAGCCAGUACCAGCUGGAGUCUCUGGAGCGCGAACAGAGACACCUACAGCGUCAGCUGGAGCUGCUGAGAGGAGGAGGAGGAGGUGCUGCUGCAGUCCAGAGCAGCCCGGCGGAGGGCGAGAGGAUACGCAUGGACAGCGUUGGCUCCACCCUCUGCUCCGACCGCUCCGACUCCGACCAAGAAGAGAUCGAGGUGGACGUAGAAAGCACGGAGUUCUCCCAUGGAGAGCUCGACAGCGUGAGCACGGCCAGCACCAGCGACCUGGACGACCACAGCAGCCUGCAGAGCAUGGCCAGCGACGAGGGCUACUCCUCCUGCAGCGUCAAACUUGCCUUCUCCUCCUAAAGCCGCCGCCCAGCACCACCAGCCCUGCCAAACCCGCCUGUCCUCCGUGCCGUCCGCUGCGACGACAACGCACCCCCCCACCCACCAAUCUACGCUCCGAGCCUUUUCGUUACGCCGCUCCCUCCGCAUUAAGGAACCGACUGCUGGAGGGGCUACAGCCAGAGCUGCCCCCCUGCCAGCACCCGCCCCCCACGGCCCCCCUGAACAACCGGUUUUAAGCUUCGUUUAAAGGGAGAUCAGAGACUUUCCACGCGCCAGUCUUCUGGAUUUUUUUUUUUUUUUAAACCUGUGACAAAAAAAGAAAAAUCGAAUUGAUUUUAAGUGAUAUUUGCUUUUUCGUUUUUUUUUUUUUUUAAAAUAUGCACAACCCCUGAUUUUACUCCAAAUGCACUUAAAUUUUUUAUAGUAGUGAACUUCUUCACAGUUUUUAAGUUCUUGAACGCGGGUUGUGUGUCGAUACGUCGGAUCUUGUUUAACAACGGGGGCGGUCUCUGCCAUAUCGACGCUGCUCGGCCCUUUAAAGAAAAA